AUGACAACUUAUAGCACUUUUCCUAGAGUUCAAAUAAUCUUUUUGCUUUUUUUCUCAGUGGGUUCUUUCAUGGCAAAUGGCGAUAAUUUUUACCAAGAUGUUGACUUAACCUGGGGUGAUUAUCGUGCUAAAAUUCUCGACGGAGGAAAGUCUCUCUCGCUUACUCUUGACAAAACCUCCGGCUCCGGGUUUCGGUCCAAGAGAGAAUAUCUAUUUGGAAGGAUCGACAUGGAGCUAAAGCUAGUUUCUGGAGACUCUGCUGGCACUGUUACUGCUUAUUAUCUAUCUUCUGAAGGGCCAAAUCAUGACGAGAUUGACUUCGAGUUCUUGGGGAACUCAAGUGGCGAACCAUAUAUUGUCCACACUAAUGUGUACACUCAAGGGAAGGGGAACAGGGAGCAACAGUUUUACCUAUGGUUCGACCCAACCAAAAAAUUUCACACCUAUUCUAUUGUAUGGAAUCCUCAACGCAUCAUUUUUUUAGUUGAUAAUAUCCCCAUAAGAGAGUACAACAAUGAGGAAGCAAUUGGAGUUCCCUUUCCCAGUAAGCAACCGAUGAGGGUUUAUUCGAGUCUGUGGGACGCAGACCAAUGGGCAACCAGAGGCGGUCUAGUGAAAACCAAUUGGUCUAAUGCUCCUUUCACAGCCUAUUAUAGGAAUUUCAAUGCCAAUGCCUGUGUUUCGUCACUUGGUUCAUCUACUAAUUGCGGUUCAAAGAUGAGUAAGUCUAUUCCCACAAACAACGGUUGGCAAACUCAAGGUCUUGAUGCAAAUGGCCGAAGAUUUUUAAGAUGGGUGCAAAAGUACUAUAUGAUUUACAACUAUUGCGCAGAUUUGAAGCGAUUUCCCAAGGGGCGCCCUAGAGAAUGCCGGCGUUCAAGGUUUCUGUAG